GAUAGUUUUAUUUGCAAAUUAUGGCUGCGCAGCGGCGGCGAAUGCUGUGUCUAAUAUCGACGUCCAAACUUUUCUUCUGUCGUUCUUUUCAGGUCAAAUAAAUGUGAAAAGCAAUUUUUGAAUACUUGCUUAAGUAAUUGUGGCUCAUUUUUUAUCAGUGCUCUUUUCUGACUCCUCGGGAUACUCGUGCUACCCGUCCUGAAAAUCGUGUGUUUCUUCAUGCCUUUGAGUUCCUUCAGGGUUUGAAUGCCAGCUUUUUUCAAACACUAAGCUGUCUGAACCUCCGUGUUUUACUAUCACGUUUUACGCUUACUGUUCAUUUUCGCUCAAAACGGCUGACCAUUCAUCUUACUGCCAGCUGCAGCUCACUUGAACUGAAGUCUUGUCGUAACACCUUACUAUUUCUGCACGGCUGGACCCACCCCAGUUCUCUCCUGAAUCUUGACCAAAACAUUCUUUUUACAACUGACUUUUGUAACCAAUACUUAGUUCAACUGUUUUUUUAUUUUGUAUCUGAUCAAUUCGAUGCAAUGACUGACCCAGCAGGAGCUCCCACCAGUGCUACCAGAUUCCGCAUCAGUGAUGGAGAUUGGGUUUGCAGUGAUUCACAAUGUGGCAACAUCAAUUUUGCGAGAAGAAGCGCCUGCAAUCGAUGCAACAAAGAGAAGGCAGAUGGAGUUGCAUCGAAGAAAAAGUUGGGACACGAAAUAGGAAAAGCUGCAGCAGAAAAAAGUCGUGGUCUUUUCAGUGCUGAUGAUUGGCAGUGUAACAAGUGCGGCAAUGUCAACUGGGCACGAAGGCAACAGUGUAACAUGUGUAAUGCUCCAAAAUAUGGAGAAGUUGAAGAACGGACUGGCUACGGUGGUGGUUAUAAUGAUAGAGGAGUUGUAGAAUACAAAGAACGAGCUGACUCGGAUGAUGAGUAUGAUGAGUUUGGGCGGAGGAAGAAAAAAAGAAGCUCCCGCCAUUCAGAAGGAAGUAUGAAUGGUGAAGAUGAAAUUAGAAGCAGCAGUAGCAAAAUUAGCAAGAAUGGAAAUAAUGACAUUGUCAAAAAAUCCAAAGCAGAGGAAGAGGAAGAAGAGGAGGAGGAAGAUGAAGAAGAUGAGGAAGAAGAUGAUGAUGACCUCUCAAAAUAUGACCUCACUGGGUGGGGAGAUGAGGAUGAAGAGUCUAAAGAUAAAUCAGACAGUCUAGCAUCUAAGAAAUCGUCCAGCUCAUUUAGGGAUAGGUCUCGGUCAAGGUCCCCGUUGAAUCGGCAUUAAAAUCAUCGCAUCCAAUUGUGUGUUUAUUUACUCAUACAGCUGUUAAUGCACUCAAGAUGGAUUCUGCUUCCACUUAUUCAUUUUUCCAAAUGCCUCUAAGCCACAACUUUAAGUCAGAAAAUCUUCUUAAAUUCUCACAUUAGGAAAACUGAAGAAUUUUUCUGUAGGGUUUUUUUUUUUUCUAUUAAGUUAUCAUUUGAUAAGUUCUUUGUUUUUAUCAGCAUUUUAUGUGUAAAGUCAGUCAUAAUAUUGAAACUGGUGUUUAUCUGACUAUCUAACGCAUUUCAUAGAGGAUUUGAAGAAAAAUAAUAUUUGUCUUUUUCUCUUAUAAUUCUCUAAAAGAAAAACGAAUCCACAUUUACUUUAAGUUUUUGGCUAAACAGGACCUUGAAAGGUGCCAUGCAGUUAGAAAACUUAAUGAGUAUGUAAUUAAUUUGUGAUGGCUUGCAAUGCAGGACUUUUCUGAUCAUCAUGAUAGCAUGUUUCCUGAUUUUCUUGCACACAUUGCUGUAUUUAAAUGUGUCUUUAUAAGCACUUUAGAGUGAAAGUGAAAAAUUGAGUCAAUGGAAUUCGCAGGAAUCUUCAUGAGUAAUCAUUUUUAGCUGUAUCCAGCUCCAGUUGUGAGGUAUGGAGUGCCGAAAAUACAAUUUACGUUGAUUUUAGGAGGGUUGCAGUAUCCUCCAACAGCUUGAAAAAACUGAAAUGGAGUAGAGUAUUCUUUUUCACUCAAGGGCACUCAUACAUAAAAAGAGGAAAGUGAAAUAAUUUCUUUGAUGAGUCCUCCAAAAUAUCGAAUGACAUUACUCAGCUUCAAAUGAAGACGAUCUUAAAUUCUAGUUUUUCUUACUGCAAUGGCCUUUUAAUCCAAAUUUUGAGUUAUUAUCUAUUGUUUCAGUCAUAUUUGAUUAAUAUCUCCGUAGAGACUCACUCUGUUUGUCAUGAGGUGUGUAGUAUUUCAUAAAUACAAAUGUCCUAUUCUGCCGCACUGAGGAAACGCUGCAUAAACAUUCCUGAGUUGCCAAUAUCCCCCAGUAAAAUGUUUAUUUAUGAGAAGAGUCAUGAGUUUUUUUCUGUCAAAAUGUUUAGAUAAUCUAGAUCUCAAUGCGAUUGAUAUUCUCCGAAAAAUCGGAGGGAAAAUAUUCCCAGGUUUCCUGGAAAAUUAGUAUUUUAUCUAAGAAUUUUGGGCAACGUCUAAAAGUUCAUACAGCAUUCCUCCUUAAUACGGCAGUAUUGUCUAAAGAGUUUUUGUAAUUUUCAAAGCUUAUUUUAGGAAUAUACCUAUAAUUUGCUUAUAUUUCCAAAUCUCAACAAAUUUUGUCCAGUGGCUCCAAAUAUCUCCUGAAAGCAGAUACUUGUUAGAGUGCAAUGUGAAAAUAUCUCUAAAAUGUUAUGUUGUCAGUUUUCCAUGUAGAAAUUACUUGGCUUUCAAAUUCAGCAUUUUGGAAUUUAUUGGCGCGUUUCAGACUGUAUGUGUAACACUAUGAUGGACAUCUGUUACUCAAUUCCCUAUCAAUGAAGAUAAACACUGGAUAUUUAUUUGAGUCUACCUUUAUUUGAUUUUUCUAGUGAUCUUUUUUAAACUGAAUUCAAGAAUAUUUCCUUACUCUGAAGAAUGCGUAGAGUGCUGCAGAUUUUUUAAUGUAUCCAAAUGCUCCAACUCAUAUUUAUGGCUUCCAACAAUUCUUUAAUACUUUAUUACAAUUUACAUGAGGUCAGAUUGAUUGAUAUGACUCAAAGAAGCUACCGGUAAAUUUUUUUUUCUCUAAAAGCUGCUAUCUAAUAUGAAAAUCAAAAGUUUUUGCGAAUGUGACAGUCAGGGAAAAUGUGAGAAAAACGAGAAAAUGUAUUAACGUAGGUACGUACGACAGAAAAGAUUUAGGAUAUUUUUUAGAAGGUUGAAGAAUUUCUUCAUAUGGAGAAAAGACCGUUCUGAGUGAUUGAGUGAUUGUUGCGCUAGUUGUGUGCCACUUUUUCAAGUCAUGGAAAAGUAGUGAAAUUUUCAAAUCAUCAGAUUUUUUUUUUUCCUUUCAAGAAAAAUAAAGGAAAGUGGAGAAGAAUCCAAAGAAUUUUAGUUUAGUUCAGUUGCCACCCUAACAAUUUAAUAAAUCAUGUAGGUGAUAAAAAGAGUGGUCAGUAUGUGUGAAAAAGGAGAGAAAAAAAGAAGAAAAAUCGAUUUCUUCUCAAUCACUCGAUUUAUCAAAUUGCACAUUUUACCCAAAAUUUUAAUGAAAUUCAAAUGUUUGUCAAUUUGCCACUGAAAUUCAAUAGGAUCAUCCAUGGCCUCUGUUGUGUGGGUUCAGUUUAAAAUUUAUCGGCCCCUCAAAUUUGAUCGAGUUUUACUGCCAUUGCAUCGAUGAGGAUCCGUUUGAAUUUAAAAAUAUAAUUUUAAAGAUAAAUUAUUGAUUGUAUUCGAGGACUUAUUGUAGAUCUUUUAAUGAGAUUGUUUCAAUUUUUUUUGAGUAUUUAUGAAUAGAUAUAUUUUUUCCUAUUCCAAAAUUAGUAUUAAGUAAGUUUCUCUGCACUUUUUUUUGUUUUUUCUCGCAGUUUGUUCUCUCUUUGUCUUGCGAAAAAGGACUUUCACACAUAUUUGUGAAAUUUAAUAAUAAUGAAUGCGUCCUUAGUUUCCAUACUUAAAUUGUCUACAAUCAUUUUAAUGUGUAAGCCGUGUCCAUUAAUAAACUGAACAAACCAUCACAAGCCAAGAAUGAUAAACUAAAGUUAUACCAUCUAGGAGCACCAUCAACGCUUGUAGCUCAUGAGAGUAUUGAAUUUUUCUGAAAUACUCGUGCAGCAUUUGAUUGAAGAUCUUUUGAACAUUGCUUUUUUAAUUUUCAAUUUAAGCCAAGAAAUAAUUUAGUGGUUACCUUUUUUCAAUUCCAUCCUCUAGAUAGUACUUUUGCUGAUCACUGAGCGUUUUCCCCUCUUAAUUAUGACCUAUGAACCAUGAUUCGAAGUGAUUAACUUCAAAUUAAAGUUUGAUUUAUCUGACAAACCUCAAAAACUGUAUGGUAAAAGUAGUCCAUCGGUAGUUUUGCUCUUGUAUACUUAAAGAAAAUGGUUUGAAACCAUCCUAAAUGGAAAUGAAAAUUUAAUUAGUUUCUCAGUCUGUCUGAGUGAACUACUGUGUAGAGGACAGACUGUGCAUUUAUGAGCUAGGCUAAAUAAACCAAUGGAUACCUGUAAA